UACCCUCCUUUAAAAAAGCAAGACCAAUUAUCAGAACAAAACGCAUAAAACGUAGAUAAUACAAAAUGAUCUACAAAGUAAAAUAGCCUACAAUUAAUGGCUAAAAUUAUGAAGUAAAGUGUAAAACAAUGGACUCCUAAAAUUUACAAUGUAUUCUAAAUAAGAAUUCUGCUCUUGAACUAUUUAAAAUUGUAAAAUAUGUAGUAUAAAGUUCAAUCUGAAUGAACGGUUAAUUGAUGUAACCACAAGUAUAAAAAACAUUGCUUUAUUGAUAUGGAUAGAUGCAGAAUUUGUUUAAAAUCCAAAAAGAAUCAGCGUUCCAUAUUCGAUUCUGAUGGUGAAACAACCUUUAAUAAUAUGAUUACAUCAGUAGCAAACAUACCGAUUAACAAAAAUGAUCAGCUUCCAAAUAAAAUAUGUCUUGAUUGUCUGAGGCAGCUUCGCGAAGCAUAUAAUUUCAAACUUUUUAUAAAACACUCGCAUGACUUAUUAAAUGAAAGAAAUUUACUGAAAAGAAUUUAUUUUAGUGAUCUCAAUGAUAUCAAAGUACAAACUGGAAUAUUAGACGAUAAAAGAAAUGUACUUAAUUCAAUAACUUUAAUUGACUUAAUACAAACUAAAAACAAUUGCAUUUCAUAUAAUGAUAUUCUAAUCAGGAAACUUUGUCAUGAUGUUGAAAAGGACUUUGAUGCAUUGGAUCAGAGAAAUGAAGACAGUGGCGCUGAAGAUUUCCACAGUGAUACUGAUAUAGUAAAUGAAUCUGAGAAACCAUUGAAAUUAGAAAAACAUAAGAAGGAAAUUUUGAAGCAUGAAAAAGGUAUUGAAAUUGAAUAUAAAAUAUGCAAGAAACCGAUAAAGCCGAAAGUCUUAAAGAAUGUCGUUCUGCUGCAAAGUGACCCCGAUGUCGUUAAAAAACGAUCUCAUAAGAUCCGGCAAGAUAUUUGUCCUUACUGUGGUAAAAUAACUAAAUCAUUAAAAGCUCAUGCACUAGUACAUACAGGAGAAAAGAAAUAUAAAUGUGAAAUUUGUAGUAAAGGGUUUUUGUCUUCGGGAGGCUUAACAUACCACAAGAAAAAACACACCGCCUCAAAGGAUUUUAAAUGUGAUCAGUGCAUAGCUGCCUUCGUCACUAAAGAAGCCUUGAGGAACCACAUGAUUAAACAUGCACCCGAGAGAAAAUUUGUUUGUAACACUUGCGAAAAAGGAUUCAAAAGAAAAUUUGCAUUAAAACGUCACGUAGCAAUACAUAAUUUCGGUAAGAAAAAAAUCAAAUGCGAGUCGUGCGAGAUGUCGUUUCACACUAACGCCGCUUUGAAUCAUCACAUGCGAGUGCACACCGGAGAGCGACCUUAUAAUUGUGAGAUCUGCACGCAGCCCUACAGUUACAAGCACGAUUUUAAUCGGCACUGCUUUAAAAAGCACGGUGUCUUUUUAAAGCGGAGGCCAGUCUACGUCAUGAACGAGGAAGUUUUGGCCCAAGAACGGAUCAUUAUGAAAGACCUACUAUUAAGGAUCCAAGGAAUCAUCAAAGACGAUAAACCACUUAAUCCCUUUGAAGGUCCGCAAGCACAUUUAGCUUUCGAACAAGCCGUAAAAGCUCUGGAAUCUAAUCAAAUUGCCGUUGACUUGUAAUUUUUAAAUUUUUAAUUAUGUUUACAAUUACGUAACGCUUGUAACAUUUCGUUAUUGUUGUUUUCCAUUGUUCAAUGUAAGCAAUAAAAGUUUGUGUUAAAUAAAAUCUGUAAGAAAC